AUGUAAGAAAAUAUCAAAUAUCUCAUUUCUUUAAAAAUUUUUACUUAUACCUUUAGAAUUUGAACCUAUUGUUAUAACAAUAAUGAUAACUGUAGUAAAUCAUUGUAUAAGAAGCAUACGUUAGAUGACCGUUUAUCUUUGGAAGCUAAUAAACAACUGUCAGAAUAUUCAGCAUGUGCAAAAUCAAUAGAAGAUAUAUCACAUAAUUGCAGAAAUACUAAAUUACUAGGCGAACAAGAAGAUAUAUUUGUGAAUGAGAAUGAUUAGGUAUCAGAAGGAAACGAAUUAAAAGAAAAAGUAUUAAAUAAGAAAAAAUGGGAUAAGGUAACUAGGGAAAUAAAUUUUCCUUUAUUUGUGAAAAUAGAUACAUUUCGUAAAAAAAAAAUAUUCAGUAUAUUAUAUUCCACGGAUAAAAUCAUGAAUAACUUUAAUAUUAAUAAAACGGGUAAAUGUAUAAGGUUAUUUGAAAAAAUAUUUUUGGUAUCUUCUCCUUUCUCCUUAGUUUUAUUGUCUUUAUUUAUUAUAUUAAUAUUAUGUUCAGAAUUCUUUUAUAAAAUUGAAAUUAAUAAACAAAUGUGUCACGUACUUCUACAAUAA